AAGCUGGUCCAGUUCCAAACAUGGCAGCAGCCUGUCCUCCUGGCUGGACCCAGUUUGGAAGUCGCUGCUUCAUUUUCUACUACAACAUGAAGACGUGGAGUGAUGCCGAGGAGUUCUGCAUUUCUAUUGGUGGGAAUUUGGCCUCAAUCCACAACAAUGAAGAAAACAGCUUCCUGAGUGACAUGGUUGUACGGGACACUGGAAGCCCUGCGGUCACAUGGGUCGGCGGCUACGAUGCCGUCACAGAGGGACAGUGGAUGUGGAGCGACGGAUCAAAGUUUGACUAUACUAGCUUUGCUAUCGGUCAGCCUGACAAUAUUCAACAAUCACAACACUGCCUGGAAAUGAACUACAUUGUGUACAAGUGGAACGACAGACCAUGUAACCAGCCAUGGCCAUUUAUUUGUGCCAAAAGAAUCUGAAGCCUCCAACCAUCUGCUGAGCUGCUGUGAUAGCAAUUCUGUUUUUGGUGGGAUUUCUUUUGGGAUUAAUGGGUUUAUAAUCUUUUGAAAUAAAAAGUAACAUUAUAAACACAAACUUGAUUUAAUGAUCUUUAUGCUGUCAAAUAUUUUUACUUCAUUAAAUGGUGUGAAAACUUCA